GGAGCGGAGCCGGCGCGGCCCGGCUCACGUGACGGCAGUCAGCUGAUGUGAGCGGCCAUGGACAGUGGAAUUGACAGGAGCAGCGAGGGUGGCGGCGCCGGCAGCCAUCUCCUGCUGCAGAGGGGCAUACGAGAAAUCACACGCAGUUGGCCUUUCCAGCCCUUCGAACCGCACUCACCCCAGCAAACACUGGCAAACCCAGUUAACCCUCGCCUAAUCUUGUGACAGUUUGCAAUGGACAAUUAAGCUACCUGCCACGUCCUUGGACUGUGGGAGGAAAUCCCACACAUUGCAUGGGGAGGACAUACAGAGGUUCCUUUCAGAAUGGUGCCAGAAUUGAACUCUGAACUUUGGAAGGCCCCAAGCUGUAAUAGCAUUACGCUAAAUGGUACACUACUGUUGUGCUAACUAUCUAUCCAAGUGCUUCUUAAAUGAUACUACUGUACCUGCCUUAAACACUUUUCUGACUGCCCAUUCCAUGUACUCACCAGCCUCUUUGUGAAGUACGUCUGUCAUAAUUUUAAACUUUUUUUAUAAGGUCACUCCUCAUCCUUCUGUAUGCAAUGGAAUAAAGACCGAGCCUGCCCAAUCUCUCUCCAUAACUCCAGCCCCCUAGUCCUGGCAAAUUUCUCGUUGGAUGGAAGAAAGCUGAGGCCGGAAGUAACACAGAGCAUGAAUUUAUUUUGAAUAGCUGGAACUAAAGAAAAACCUGCAGAUGCUGAAAAUCUAAAAUAAACUCAGAGAAUGCUGGAAAUACUCAGCAGGUGGGAGCUAGCUACAGCCCCCAAGACAAGGAAAUUGGAAGAGAUGCGUAGCAUUUGGGCUGUGAUGAAUGAGCAGAUAACUCAGCAUAUUCAAUUCCCACUGCUGCCUAUAAGGAGUUUGUAUGUUCUUUCCAUGACUAUGUGGGUUUCCUCCCACAUUCCUAAAACAUGGGUCAGAGUUAGGAAUUUGUGAGCGUGCUAUGUUGACAGUGGAAGCACAGCAAAACCUGUGGGCUGCCCCAGCAUAUUCAUCACUGUUUGAUUUGAAGCAAAUGGCAUAUUUCACAAUAUGUUUCCAUGUACGUGUAACAAAUAAAGUCAAAGGAAAGAUACUAGCAUGGAUAAAGCAGCGGCUGAUUGGCAGGAGGCAAAGAGUGAGAAUAAAGGAAGCCUUUUCUGCUUAGCUGCCAGUGACUGUGUUGGGACUGAUUCUUUUGGUGUUAUAUGUCAAUGACUUGGAAGAUGGAAUUGACAGCUUUGUUACGAAGGUAGGUGGAGGGGCAGGUAGUUUUGAGGAAGUAGGGAGGCUACAGAAGGACUUGGGCAGAAUAGGAGAAUGGGCAAAGAAGUGGCAAAUGGAAUAUAGUGUUGGUAAGUGUAUGGUCAUGUACUUUGGUUGAAGAAAUGAAAGGGUUGACUAUUUUCUAAAUUGAAAAAAAAAUAUGAGGUGCAAAGGGACUUAGGAGUCCUUGCGCAGGAUUUCCUGAAGGUUAAUUUGCAGGUUGAGUCUGUGGGGAGGAAGGCAAGUGCAAUGUUAGCAUUCAUUUCAAGAGGACUAGAAUAUAAAAGCAAGGAUGUAAUGUUGAGACUAUAAAGCACUAGUGAGGCCUCACUUGGAGUAUUGUGAACUGAAACGGAAAAGUGAUCAAAGGAAGUUCACGAAAAUUCUUCCAGGAUUCAUAUGACAAGCGUAUAAAAAGCAUUUGAUGGCUCUGAAAUUCAGAAGAAUGAAGGGUGACCUAAUUGAAACCUAUCAAAUGGUGAAAGUCCUUGAUAGAGUGGAUGUGGAGAGGAUGUUUCCUAUGGUGGGAGUGUCUAACACCAGAAGACACAGCCUUACGGCUGACUAAUACUUGUGCAUACAGGCUACGCUGUAGCCCCGAUUUUCACUUCUGCGUCGCUGAACGCCAUAGCAAGCGUGCAUUGGUGUGCACCAAAACGCUAGUUGGUGGUGGGGUUUCUAUGCCACUGUGUUGAGUUUCUUCGUGAGAGACAUGGACGAGGAAAUGCACUUCAAACAUUUUCACAUGUCGGCAGGAAGAUUUGACGAUUUGGUUGAUCUAUUUCAUAUCGGUGUACGCACAGCCUACAGACGUGGCGGGGAAGAAGCAACCGGAAAUGCGUAGGAGGAAAUGCGAUGCUACCAAGCGGACCAAUCACAGUUGGGGUCUGCGUCGCCACAACAUGUUUCUGGGCUGACCGUACACCAGUACAUGAAGCAGUCAAAGAAGGCCAUGUGUUUAAGCUGAAGCAAUUAAUUGAAAGUGGGGCCUGUGUGAAUGUGGUUACUGUGGACUCCAUAACCCCACUGCAUGAGGCAAGCCUCCGGGGUCAACUCCAGUGUCUACAGUUGCUGCUUGCUGCUGGAGCAGAGGUCGAAGCCAGAAACAUUGAUGGGAGUACUCCACUUUGUGAUGCGUGUGCUGGUGGUAACACUGAAUGCGUCAAGAUGCUGUUGACCUACGGAGCAAAUGUAAAUCCACUUACUUUCACCGCAUCACCAUUGCAUGAGGCCUGUAUGAUUGGUAGUGCAGAGUGUAUGAGGCUGCUCAUUGACGUAGGUGCAAACCUAGAGGCUUAUGACUGCCACUUUGGAACCCCUCUACAUGUGGCUUGCACUGUGCCGCACAUUGAUUGUGCAAAGCUUUUGCUUAAUGCAGGGGCAAAUGUGAAUGGUGCUAAACUCCAUGAAACUGCUCUUCAUCUUGCUGCCAAGUCAAAGAAUGCAGAGUUGAUUAAAGUGCUCAUUGACUAUGGAGCCAAUGUGUAUGCACAAGACAAUCGGGGGCGGAUACCUUUGGAGUACACUCAUUCUGGAUCCCCUUCAGCAAAGUGCCUCAAGUAUUACCAGAGUACACCAAUGAGCUUGGCACAUCACUGCAGACUGACCCUGAGGAAGAGUCUUGGUCCUCGAAGGUUGCAAGAUAUCCACCAGUUAAACAUUGCCCCAAGACUUAUCGACUACCUUUGCUACAACUGAGUACAAAAUACUAAGACAUCUCAAAAAAAAAAUGGACAAGCACUAUUGAGAAUUAAAUGUCACUUCGAUACUUGCUUUGUUUGGAAAGACAAAAAAAGUUCUGGGCAAAAAAACGAGACCAUUUGGCCCAUCCUGUUCAUGUCAGCUGUAUGAAGGAUCUCCCACUGACCUGCUUACAGGGUGCACUGAGCUAAUCAGAGAUCUCUUAUCUCCUUCCAAAGGCACUUCACGUUUAUCUCCACAUACCAGCACCUCAAGAGUUAAAAUGUUAUUACUGUUUUACAUUGCUGAGAGUUUUCCAGGCAGCAGAAGAAAGUAUCUUAACCUCUGGCAGGUUGAUAUAUUUAAAUCUGGCGUCUAUAAUUUAAGAAUUUUAAAAACUUGUCGCCAUUUAAGUCUAUGUGCACUUUUUCCUCUCUUGACAGUAUGGAAUCUGUCAAAUAAACUGGGGCCUGGGAAUGCUCACUGCAGACAAUAUGUAAACACAGUUUUCUUUCUCAAGUAAUAGCAAAGCAAACAAAGUCUAUUUAGGGAAUCUAUUUAUAAAGAGUCUGAUGCAUACAGAGUCUGUGACUGAAGAGGUAGUCACUUGCCCUGCUUAAAUACAUAGUGAUCCUUCUCUGGCAAAAUACAGUGAGUUGUACUCUUAAGCUGUCCGAAAUGAAUGUAGAACUGUACAGCAGAGUUACAGGCCCUUCAAAGUCAAAGUAAAUUAAUUAUCAAGGUACUUAUAUAUCACCUUGUACUACCUUGAAAUUCGUUUUCUUGCCGGCAUUUACAGGAAAUAUAAAGAAAUACAAUAAAAAUCUAUGAAAAUAUGUACAUAAACAAAAACAAGCAACCACUCUGCAAAAGAAGACAAACAGUGCAAAUUUAAAAAUUAUAAUAGAGAACAUGAGUUGUAAAAGAGUCUUUGAAAUUGAAUCUGUAGGUCGUAGAAUCAGUUUGGAGUUGUGAGUGAAGUUGACCAUGCUGAUGAUGUAGGGUAAAAUCCAUUUCUGAAUCAGGUGGUGUGGGGCCUAAGGAUCCUGUACCUCCUGCCUGAUGGUAGUGAAAAGAGAGCAUGGCCUGGAUGGCAGUGGUCUUUGAUGAUGGAUGCUGCUUUCCUUGUGGCAGCGCUCGCUGUAAAUGUACGCAGUGGCGGGGAGGGAUGUGUUGGAGUGGGUUGUAGCUGCCCACCUUAUCUAUGUUAACCAUCUACCCCAUCUGCCUGCACAUGAUCUGUCCCUCAGUUCUCCUAUCUGUUCAUGUGUCUGCCUGAAAGCCUCUUGAGUGUUGCCAUUGUAUCUGCUUCCACCACCUCCCUUGCCAGUAAAAAGGUUUGCCUUGUAUAUCUCCUUUAACCUCUCCUCCUCUUCCUUUAAGGCUGUGUAUUAUGCCCUGUAGAAUUUGACAUUUCCACCCCAGGAAAAAGAUUCUAUCUACUCUGUCUAUCCCUCUCACAAUUUUAUUAACAAAUAGCAGGUUGCCCCUGAGUUUCCAAUGCUCCAGAGAAAACAAUUCAUGUUUUCCCAACCUUUCUAAUCAAGGCAACACCCUGAUAAACCUCUUCUGCACCCUCUUCGAGGUCUCCACUUUCUUCCUGUAAUGCAAUCAUCAGAACUGCUCCAAAUGUAGCCAAGCCAAGGUUAUACAAUUACAACGGGACCUUGCUUGCAUACUCAACUCGCUGACCAAUGAAAGCAAGCUUGGUGUACGAGUCCUCUACCAGCCUAUCGAGGAUCUCUAUGAAACACCACUGCUCACAGAGCUCCUGGGUGUUGACAGCUCAGAAGAUCUAUUCUGAACCCAGCAUAUUGAUGCAAUUACGAAGAGGGCACACCAGUAGCUAUAUUUCAUUAGGAGUUUGAAGAGAUUUGGUAUGUCUCCAAAGACCCUAGCAAGUUUUUGCAGAUGUUCCAUGGAGAGCAUUCUAACUGGUUGCAUCACCAUCUAGCACGGAGGGACCACUGUACAAGCUUGGAAAAAUCUGCAAGAGGUUUUAAACUCAACCAGGUCCAUCAUGGACACCAGCUUCCCUGCCAUCAAGGACAUCAUCAAAGAGCGAUGCCUCAUUAAGGACCCUUACCAUCCAGGACAUGUACUUUACUCACUGCUACCAUCAGAGAGAAAAUACCGGAGCCUGAAGACACACACUCAAUGUUUUAAGAACAGCUUCUCCCCCUUCAUCAAGAUAUUUCUGAACGCACAAUGAACCCAUGAACACUACCUCGCUAUUUUUGUUCUCUGUAUUAUUUAGUAAUUUAUGUUUAAAUUAUAUUUAUUUAUUAUAAUUUAUAGUAUAUGUAUUGCACUGUACUGCUACCACAGAACAAAUUUUGUGACAUAUAUCAAUGAAAAUAAACCUGGUACUGAUUCUAAUUCAAUCAGAAUAACAACCCUCCAUCACUUCUUUCUGUCUUCUAUGGCCAAUCCAAUUUUUAAUCCAAUCUACCAAAUCACACAUUUGCCCUUUGAAUGUGAGGACAGUGUGUGACUCCGAGUGGAUUGAAAAUAUGCUUAUCCAAGAGUCCCUGAAAUAUCCCUAAUGUAUCAGCUUCUACCACCCCGGCACUUACCAUUCUGUUUGUAAGAAAAAGCUGCCUCUGGCAUCUUCCUUAAACUUGCCUCCACUUGUGUUAAAUAGAUGUCUUCUGGUAUUGGGCAUCACCACCCUGGACAAAAGUCUCUAUCCAUACCUCACCAUCUUAUAUCUACCAAGUUGCCUCUCAUCCUCCUUUGCUCCAGGGAGAAAAGCCCUGGCUCAUGCAGAACCUUUUGCACAUCACUUGACUGAGUGAAACCUGUGCUUGCCAGCUCAUGGCUCUACCUGAUGCUUACUUUGUGAUGGGAGUUCAUAAGAGUCUUCACCAACGUCAAUACCUCGCUGUUGUUUCAAGCCAUCCUGACAUCAGUAUGGUAGUCAAUACUAUACUGUCUCCAAAACUGAACUUCUAUACCAGCCUCCUCCUCUGUGUAGUCCCAGUGAGACCCAACCACCAGUCAUAUCGGUCAAUGGGGUAGCGCUGAAAUGUUCUGACACUUUCACAUACUUAGGAAGUGCUGUGACCAACACCAACUCAUCAGAUCUGGAAGUUGAGAAGAGAAUUCAAUCAGCUACAAAAGUCUUUGGUGCUUUGCAGAAGCAACUUUUGUCUCACCACACUAUUAAAAUGGCAAACAAGGCCAAAGUGUAUAAUACACUGUUUUACCAUCUCUGUUUUAUUCAACUGAAACAAUGACAUUGUAUCGGAAGCACAUGAAGAAAUUGACCAAGACACAACCCAGGCAUUUAUGCCAAAUAUUACAUAUCAAGUGGCAAGAGAGAGUACCAGAUGUGGAAGUGCUCAAACACACUGAGGCAGUCAGCGCAGAAUCGCUCAUUGCAGCUUCUCAGCUGCGUUGGACUGGCCAUGUCACAAGAAUAAGCGAUGAUCGCUUACCCAAAGCUGUUGUCUACGGCGAGCUACAUGAAGGAAAGAGGAAGCAUGGUGGUCAGAAGCUGUGCUCAAGCGCCAUAUGAAGCACACUGACAUGAAUGUCAACACCUGGGAGAAAGAUGCUUUUGACAGAAGUUGGCGCUUUAUUGUCAAUCCCAGCUAUUGAGGAGAAAAGGCAGAAGAAAUAUGAAGCAGGUCAUGAACGUAAACAUUCGGUGCUAGACCAGUCAAAUCACAAAUGCAACUGAAGUGGGAGACAGUGCUGGUCUUGUGGCCCAUAAACGUGCCUGCAGAGACUAAUCUCUUAGCACAUCAACAUCGAAGUCGAUGGACAGCCGAAGAAGAAGUCAAUAAAGAGACUGCAUGCUAGUCAGAGGCCUCAACAAACAGUCUAUGGCUUCAGUGCCUCCAUCAUUACCUCCCCCAAUGCACCCAUCCCACCAAAUCAUCUACCAACCUAUCCCUGCAUGCCAAGCAAAGCCUGACUAACGCUCCUGGCCAACUUUAGGGCUGGGUAUUUUGAAGCUCCUGGAUGGAGAUUGUGGUGAAUGGUGCAUUUGCUGCAGGUAUGAAUUGAGUAACUCAGGUGUAGUAAGGUGUCACUGACAUGGCCAAGUGUAGUGUUAACUCUCCAAUAUUGGUCUCAGUAUAAUUCCAAUUGCUCUUGCUGUCUGACAGACAUAAUGAACUAGGAUUGGAAAAGGAUUGAAGCCUUCAAAUAAUUUCAUGUUAAUGUCAUGGCCAAGAAAGCUUACCAAUGCCUCUACUUCUUUGGCAAGUCCAUGUUGACUCUUAACAAUUGUUUUCAAUGUACUUUAUUCUGUCAUAGAGAGACAUAAUUCUGAGUAUAACAUCUGAGUGUGGUAACUGCUCGACCUGUGACCAUAACAAACAGCUCAGUACAUCGCAAGCGCCAACUACCUUUCUAUGAACUCUCUCUAUGCUUCUCACUACCUUACGGUCUGGACAUUAAUGCAAAGAACAUUAUUAGAAACAAGUCCAUGGUAGUGCAAGAAGUGGUUUGUGAUGUUCCAUUGCUGCGAUAGGGUUAGGGUUGCGCAGGAUGUAGGAAAGUAGCUGUUUCUGAACCUGGUGGUGACUUUGGGUUUCUGUACCUGCUACCUGACAGUAGCAUCAAGGAGAAGGCAUGGUCUGGAUGGCAUGGAUCCUUAAUGAUAAAUACUGCCUUUUCAGGUAGCACCUCCUACAGAUGCUGUCAGUGGUGGGGAGGCUUGUGCCCAAGAUGGGCAAGGCCGUGUGCUCAACUCAAACUUCAAGUUCAAAGUGCAUUUAUCAUCAAAGUAUGUACACUAUAUACGACCUUGAGAUUUGUCUCCUGACAGGCAGCCACAAGACAAAGAAACCCAAUAGCACCCAAUAAAAAAAGACUAAACAACCAAUGUACAAAAAAAAGACAACAAAUUGUGUGAACAAUAAAAGUAAGCAAAUAUCAUUCAGAACUAAAGAUCACGGAAGUGAGUUCACAGCCGUGAAGCCAGUCAUCACUGCUGCUGGUCCAGGAGCCUCUCAGUUUUGCGCCACAGCCUCGGUUCAGUGCAGAGAUGAGUAAACCACACAAAGCAGCGAGCUGGACACUGGCCUGUCCCUCACCUCCAGCCCCAACACCCUGACCUUUUCAAUCCGGCCAAACAUUGGCUCUCCCUUGCUCUCGGACCUGGGCCCUGCCACUUCAAUAUGCUCUUGGGCCCAGGCCCUGCAGCCUCCAUUUGGCCUGACCUUUCCAAUCUGGCCCGCUGCUUAAACAGGUCAAACAUCAUGUUCCUCACUCUCAGGCCCAGGCCCCACCACCUCGACUCUGCCCCACUUUGGCUCACUUCACCUCACUUCAAAUCGUCUCCAAGUCCACUCCAGCAAUGGUCAAACAUUGGCUUAUUACUCACUUUCGGGCCUGGGCCGUGCCACCUUGAUUUAGCCCAUACACUCCACGCUAUAACUAUCCUGUACCUUUGAGACUUCAGUUCACACCACAAAAAUGCCAGGUCGUGCAGGCAAUUCAAAAGCUCAACUGCAACAGGGAAGUUACAGGAAGUUGCAAUGAUCAUCGUCCAAACAAAGUGUGAUUAAUUGCAUAACUAGUAGUUUUAUUUGCUGCGGGUAAGGCGUUGGUAUGUUUCACCGAUGCCAUCUUAGACCAGACUCUCUGCAGCCUCUCACUUUCCUGCGCAUUGGAAUUACAGUACCAGGCCAUGAGGAAACUCGUCGGGAUUCUUUGAGAAGUGCAUCUGUAGAAGUUUGUUGCAUAACUGCUUCACAUUUCAAUUUCCCCACUUCAGAGUCAGAAAGGAUGCUUCUUAAUCAGCCUCCUGCCAAUCCUCCACCCCUAUUCUUGCUGAGCAUCGAUUGAAACAUAUGUGGUCUAGAAGUAGAUAAUGGCCAGCUGACUGCAUUUGUGGUAUGAUUUUAGUUCUUGAAGAGCCUCUGAGGCAAGAGGAGCACCUCCACUUGGUGGGAGGUAGAACCAUAUCUUUGUGUCAUUGCCUCCUCCCAUCCAAAAACAGGGAGAAGGCCUUUGCCUCAAUAUUCCUCUUGAUCUUACAACAAAUUCAAAAUGACCAUGGCUAGGUGUCAAGCUAGGUGCUCUUAGGGACACCUUACUGGAGCUUCCCAAAGGACCAAUGUAGACCUUGUAAAAGUACUGCAAUCACUCAAGUGCAGUAUGACGUUCUCCUAAGGGAACAACAUGUUUUGAGAUGUUAGGGGUGGAUCCCCUUAAUGGAGAACCACUGUGCGUGACUUUGUUUAAUGGGAGAGGCUGAUACAUUGGCACACAGCCCUUGACAAAUUGAAGACAGGAUCCAGUGGCAUGAAAUGAAAGAUGACUGAGGACCCUUCCGUACUGCAGCCCUCCUCCAACUUCACCGCCGUUGUGAUGUGUCAUCUCCACCGUUGAUGCUUUGGUUGGAUCUCUCCUUAUCUGGAACCUCCCCCUUGACUUUAUCACCAUGGGUAACCCUACCAGUAGCUAAGCAUCAGAUGGCUAAACUCCAGACAGAUUCAGUCUCAGGAUCUCAGGAACUCAUAAUCCUCUCCACCACAACAAGGUUACGAUCCUUGGGGAAAAAAUUAUGCACAAAGCCUUGAGGACCCCCUGGCCUUUACCUGCCUCUUCACUCUUACCUACUCAACUAAUUGGGAUCUGAGUGGGACUGAUGGUCUCCUGGUAUGCCACAGAGGAAAAUCUACAACCCUGUUGUUCCCAGAAUAUUUUAGAGAAAUAGAUAAUAACUCACCCAGGUAUUGUCACUGAAUAUCAUGCAGUCACAGUUGGAUGGUCACUGACAUAAGAGUCUUUUCAUAAAAAGAAAUUAAUAUGCAUUAAUAGAAUUGCUAAUGUUAAGUUUCAAGUGUUGGAAUGAUGUCUGUAAAUUAAUACUAUGUGCAAAAAAAAUCCUUUGAAAUAUUCAAAUGCCUUGUUGCUAGGCAGUGCUGUACUUGUCACAAUAGAACGAAUUUCGUUUCAGCCUAUGUUUGUAAGUAAAAUUUAGCCAAUUGGCAGUGAAUUAAAGUUUAAAAUUAAAAGUAAACAA